CUGGCGGCAGAAGAACAUAAACAGUGAGGAUCUCGUACGGUGGUAACAGUUUCACAUUUCAAUUUUACGUAACGCGGCAGUUUACAGCGGCAAUGGAUCAAGUAGGAUACUCUCCGAGUUUUAAGAAACCCGCGGAUAUUAUGCGAAUGAGGAGAAAGCGAGCCCGGAGCGAGGGAGUAAGCAACAGCCCACAAGGAGCUCUCUCGACCCGCGGCCAGUCAGUUGCUGGGACCCGUCCAUUCUCACCAGGGCCUUUGAUGAAUGCCCCAAACCGCCCGGGUGGAGGUGUGAAACGGAGAAACCCAUUCGCAAACAUAGAAAAUACUUACAACAGUCCCAGCAAGAGAGCCAAUGCUAGGUCCGAAGGGGAUGUUGAUGUCCUGCUAGAUUUUAAAAAGCGAGUUCCUGUUGAGGCAGAAGGAGAGAACGCGGGUUAUGGCAACAAGAGUGCUUUGUCCUGCGUGGAGCAGCUAAUACAAGAGGACAAAACAAGUGACAAGAAGUCUCCCAUUGCUGUCUUCAAGGACGACUCCCUCUUCGAAGAUGACUUGUUUGAUGAUGGGAAAAGCCCUGCAUUGGUUAAGAGUCCACAACGGCAGGCUGUGGAUGAGGCUGCUCUGGCUGUGCCAGAGGCUCCGGAGUACCCUGCCGACUGGAGCCUGAAGACCCGGCUGCUGUUCACCUCGCCCCAGGCCUUCUCCUGGGCAGAGCAGCCCAAAGCCCUGGAGGAGGCACAGGGCCUGACACAGCACUGCAGGGCCCAGUACGCAGACCUUCCUCACAACAUACAGGAGCCUCGGUCUUGCCCAGAGCUGCGCUGUGGCUUCCAGCAGGCACUGCAGUACUGGCAGCACCCCUCGCUGCCCUGGCUCUCCCUCUUCCCGCGCAUCGGGGCCGAGCGCAAGUUCGCUGGCAAGAGCUCACCCUGGAGCAACGACACCGAGCUGCAGCAGAGCAUGAUGCGCGAGUGGUCGGUGAGUCUGACGUCCUUGUACAGUCUUCUGAAGGCACGCCUCUGCCCGUACUUCUACCUCUGCUCCUACCAGUUCACGGUGCUGUUCCGUGCAUCUGGCCUGAGCGGCACACAGGGCCUCACCGCACUGCUCUCACCCACCACCAGGGGGCUCAGGGAGGCCAUGAAGGCAGAAGGCAUUGACUUCAGCAUGCCUUUGGUGGAAGAUAAGAGGAGGAGCAAGGAACACAGCGAGGCCUCUAAGCCCACUGACGGAGAGGAGCCACACAGCACAGAGGCUGGUGAGCACAGUGACCAAGAGGUGGGCAAAGAAGAGGAGGACGAGGAUGAGGAGGACGAUGAUGAGGACGGAGGCUUCUCCUGGCUGAAAGAGAUGGGCGUGCAGGAUCAGAUCAAGAAGCCAGACUCCAUCUCCAUCAAACUUCGUAAGGAGAGGAGCACGGUGUCUCUGGACCACCGGCCGGAGUCGGUGGUGCUGGUGGAGGGGCCGCACACGCACACACUCAUCAACUUCCUCAUCAACUGCAAGAGCCUGGUGGCCGCCACCGGAUCGCAGGCAGGUCUGCCCCCGACCCUGCUGGCACCAAACGCCUUCAGAGGGGCCACGCUGCAGACACUGAAGGCGCGCAGUGUCAACAUCAAGACGCAGGUGCACUCGGGCUACCAGGACAUGUGCAGCCUGGAGGUGAUGGGCCCCGUCAUGCCCCACUCCCUGCACAUGCUGACGCAGCUGCUGCGCGCCGCCCAGAAGGGCUCCUUCAGCACCGUGCUCUACACGCACGAGCCCACCGCCGUCCUCAACGUGCCCGUCUGCAAAGAGGCCAAGGAGCAGACGGCGCCACCACCAUCGGCAGCAUCAGGAGCGCUGAGUGGAUGCGGCCUGUCCCCCGCCACUCUGCAGCAGGCCCUGGAGCCCGCCUCCCUGGGCAAGGCGGCCCUCCGCCAGCUGCACAUGAGGAGCUACGCCUACACCUGGAAGAGCUGAGAGCACAGCCCAGCCAAUUCAUCCCAUCCUGGUCCAGCCCAGCCCAGCCCAAUUCAUCCCAUCCUGGUCCAGCCCAGCCCAGUUCAUCCCAUCCUGCUCCAGCCCAAUUCACCCAUCCUGGUCCAGCCCAGCCCAUCCCAAUUCAUCCCAUCCUGGUCCAGCCCAAUUUAUCCCAUCCUGGUCCAGCCCAGCCCAGUUCAUCCCAUCCUGGUCCAGCCCAGCCCAAUUCAUGCCAUCCUGCUCCAGCCUGGUGACGGAGUAUGGUGGCUGUGGAGAGCAGUGCUGCUGUGCCAGUCUGCUGCCUGUUUUUGUAAUCUCUGUGCCCAUCUUGUGGCUUUUUUUUUGAAUGCUGCAAAGUUUACUGUGCAUAUUCAACACUUGGGGGAGUAGCACCAGAUGUAGUACCAUUCUGAAGACCAUUCCAUGAAAUUGAGCUGUGGCUGCAAAUUUUACUGUUAAGCUUAAAUGUCUGUACCAGGGGCACAGCGGGACACCGUGCCAGACAGACUAACCAUGUGUGUCGUGCCAUUUUAUCACUGAUCUCUAAUUGACCUUUCAGUGAACUCUGACCUCAGCUUCACAGGAUGGCACCUCUGAUAUCUUUGUUUUCUCUCUCUCUGCAGAGGGUGUGACUGACUGGCCUUAUUCUGUUCUAUAGAUAGUGCACUGGGUUGUGAAGAACGAGACAUCUCAGUUGGAGCAAUGCUUUCUCCAUGUCUCAGGGUAUUUUAGAGAAGUAUAUUAUUAAUGUUUUAGUUCUUAUUUUAUUUUUUUAUUUUUUAAAUUAACACCCGGAUAUCACAGUGCGCACAAGCGGACUAACGUUGGUGUCUGAAGAGUAAGGGAGAAUUUAAGUAGUUAGACAUCUCCAUGCAAAAGAAUGAGAUUCAUGAGAUGUGCGGUGUAACGCAGAAAGGUGUAUAGAAUUACCACAGUUUACAUCUGUCCAUACUCAGCAGGCCUGUAUUUAUUUUGGGGCGUUUUGGCGUCAUUGAAUUGGGGAAUUGCUUUUGCCACUGCUAAUGUCCAAAUACCACGUCACUGCCUAAUGUGUAUUAUCUUUUAUGAAUUUGUGAUUGUGCUUUGUAUGUUGAGUGAUUAAAAUAUCAGGUGUUUGUAUCAUC